AAUUAAAUUCCCGAGAUGUGGAAGAUUCCGAACAAGCGGAUGUUUUUCGAAAGGUCAGAAAUUAUUGAUACAACUGCAUCUGUGUCAAAGGAGAAUCAUUGCCCGGAUGAUUUUUUUACAAAGUCCGGAAGUGAAAAAUUUGACUUUUCUACGCCAGAAGUUACAGCUAAUGUUCCUAAGACAAACCAGGCUUUCCUGAGUUCUGAUCUGGACAUUUCAGUUAUUGACUCUGACGUAGAAGGUAGAAAUACAAGCUCUCUUUUGGGCUUGGAGUCUGAGCCUCUUCAGGAGAACCUUAAUGAUGAAUUUCUGUGUCCUGAUUCACCUUUAAUUAUCGAAAGGGAAGAUCGACGAAAGGCAAAUCCAUUACCAUCUGGCAGAACAAUUUGCAAUAUGUCUUUUGUAAUAGUGCAGGCUAGGACAUUAGAGCAACAUUCCCUAAAUUGUAAAUUUGGAGGAUCAUUUAUUUUUAACAAAGUGAUUCGACGUGGUCUUGUCACUACAUAUAACUAUGUAUGUGAUAAAAUUUUUAGCAUCAUGGAAAUUCCGUAUAUGAGCAACUCGACCUUUGCUUCUUGUGAGCGAACUACUGGCAAAAUAAUACAGGGAUGUGCACAGGAAACUAUGUGUGCUGCUAUAGAAGAGGAGAAAAGGCAGGCAGAACUUCGCAAUGAUAAAGAUAAUGAUGGUUAUCACUGUAUAACUGUCAUUGUUGAUGGAGGUUGGUGUAAAAGAAGCUAUGGGCAUGGUUACAAUGCUUCAAGUGGCAUAUCUGUUAUUAUAGGCAUGGUCACCCAGAAAAUUUUGUUUGUUGGAAUUCGCAACAAAGUGUGCCUUAUAUGCAGUGCUAUUGAAGAUGGCAAGAUGCCAAAUAAAGUGCACCUUUGUUGGCGAAAUUGGAAUGGGCCUUCUACAGGUAUGGAAAGCAGUGCCAUUGUGGAAGGUCUGAAUUAUCUCCAGUGUGUUCACAAAAUACGUUGUACUCGACUUGUUGGAGAUGGAGAUGCUAACACAAUGGCCAAAGUGAAAGAAAGCGUUUCAUAUGGAGGACGGGUGAUCAAAGUAGAAUGUGCUAACCAUGCUGUUCGAAGAUAUCGCAGAGCUCUUGAGAAACUUCAGCAAAAUACUGCGCGCUUCCCCGGGGCUAAAGGAAUUGCUGCCCGUAAAUUGCUGAAAAUUAAAAUGCCACUGUUAGUCAGAGGUGCUAGAGUAGCUAUAAAAGCUCAUGCUUUACCUAGCCAUUAUCAGCACACACAAGAAGCUUUUGAUGCAUUAGUAAGUGACCUGAGAAAUGAGCCACACCAUACAUUUGGCAAGCAGGAUGCUUCUAAAGAAAUGUGCAGAGUUGGACAGCAAAUACAAUGA